UAUUAUCUGUUAAUCCACACAUUACAACUCUGCAUCUCAUCCUGAAUGGUGUUUUAUAAUUCUGUUUCAAUGAGUACGCUGGCAAGCGUACAUAUUUUUCUACUCAUCAAGUUGGGCUUAGAAAGAUUGUUUGUUCACAUGUCAGCUGGUGUCUCUAGGUGAAAAGUAAAAAUUGACAUGCGGCUACGUGAACACUGCGUGCAUGUACAACUCUAAAAGGACCAAUAAGGAGCACAUAAAGUUCAAGGUUUCUUACUGCCAGACAAUGUGAACCUUAAUUAUUCAAAGUAACGUCCAUCAGCAACAGACAAUAGUUCAUACUUAAUUACAGUGGAUACUGAAGUACUGUAACUAACUUGAAGGAAAGCUCAUUCCGGACUUGUUAUUGAAAUUGGAGGAUCAAAUGUCAGGACUCCACCAGACCUUUUAUUUGAGACAAUACAGUCAACACAUUUAUUAGGUAUUCCAGUUAGAGUGAGAUUUGAUGACUACUCUUUCUGAGAUAAAAAACUGGAAAGAGAUAUUGUGAAAGGAAGUAAGAGAAGAAGAUAGCCGGAUUCUGAGAAUUGUUUUUCCAAGUUGUUUUAACAAAGUAAUUGGAGAAGUAAGAAAAAGAUUAACAUGAUAUUUAAGUGAAGAAACGAUUGCCAUUGGUGAUUACAAAGAACCAAAAGCAAGAUCUAUUAUUGUUAUGAAAUCUAAAGAAACGGGAGGAGAUUUUAUCAUUUCGUGAAAGAGGUUUUUCUAAGUAUUAGUAUAUUCUUUACAGGACAAACUUGAAUGAAGUGUUGACAAAUAGUGGUAAUUUUUUUUUUCGUAAAUAUUUUCCCAAUUCAAAAUGGCAGGAUUGCAAGACAAGUCAGUUUUGGUGGUGUCGAACGGUUCCACUGUGGUGACAACGCCAUCUAGUGACAUCAUACACAUGGAGGACCCCUUCAAUAAUCUGUACCCUGCCAUCGUGCAGUGCUUCGUUAUCAUUCUGUGCGGAUACAUCGCUGGACGUUUCAACCUUAUUGGUAAACUCCAGGGAAAGGGAAUUGGCACUUAUGUCUCAACGUUUGCCUUGCCAGCAUUACUUUUCAAAAGCAUGGCCACUUUGAAUUUUAGUGAAGUGAACUGGAAAUUUUUGGCCAGCAUACUUAUCGCAAAAGCAGGACUGUUUUUAGUGGUGCUUGUGUUUACGCUGAUUCUUGUUCGGCCGAUGAGCUACGGGAAGGCUGGAUUGUAUGCCAUAUUUACUACGCAGAGUAAUGACUUUGCACUCGGCUACCCUAUCAUUAGUGCUUUGUACCAGGGAACGCACCCAAACUUUAUAGAGUAUAUCUACCUGGCUGCCCCUAUAUCUCUGGUCAUACUGAAUCCUAUAGGCUUUACCAUGAUGGAACUGGAGAAGAGAAAAGAAUCUGGGGAACAUGAAAAGUCCAGCAAUUUAAAGCUGGCGCUUCAUGUGUGCAAGGGAGUUUUGCUCAAUCCUCUGGUAUUCAUGACUAUUAUUGGCAUCAUUGGGAACUUUGUGUUCAACCACAAGUUGCCUGCUGUGAUUGAUGACAUUCUGACUGUGUUAGGUCAGUCCUUCAGUGCGGUGGCGCUGUUCUACCUGGGGUUGAGUAUGGUGGGAAAGAUACAGCACAUUGGAGGGAAAGCACUUAUUACCCCUAUACUCCUGAUUGUGGCCAAACUGCUCAUUCUUCCCCUUGUCACCAGAGAGAUUGUCAUAGGUCUACAGCCCAGUGUGAAUAGAAACGACACCCUUGCCUACAGUUCAUAUGGUUUUCUUUACGGUACCAUACCCACUGCUCCCAGUGUAUUUUUAUAUGCCAGCACGUAUAACUUGGCACCAGAAACAAUUGCUGCAGGAACCGUCAUAGGGACCUUCCUGUCUGCACCUCUGAUGUUUGUGUCAGCACGUGUCAUCACGCUACCCGUGUUAGAUCCCGACAUGUAUAAAGACAUUUUGACAAUCACUUCAUUUGAUGUCAGUAUACUGGGUAUAGUUUGUAGUGUCUGGACAAUGACUGUGAUGAUUCUUGGUAGAAAAUGGAGAAAAGUGCCACACCAGUUUGUAAUGAUGCUAGUGAUAGCACAGUCCCUGGGAUGUUUAGGAAUGAUAAUAUGGCAUCUUAUUCCAUCCAACCUCGGCUGGGCCCACUACAUCCAGUUUGUCAUCCUCCUGGUCGGAGUGUUCAGUUCACGCUGCAUGACCGCCAUGGUGGCUCUAGCGCUCUGCUUCCUUAAAGUGCGCAGCAUCUGCUUUGUGCUACGGAACCGGAUCUGUUUGUUGUUUGGUGGAUUUGGGGUCCCUAUCCUCUCCACUGGCCUCUUAUUGAUAUUUACUGCAGGGCAACGCACCACCGAUAAUGAUCCUUCUUUCCAAUAUGGCAACCCUCAGGUUGAAGAGGCCCUAACGGAGCUUUUUAACAAACAGUUCAUAUUAUCGGCUGUUAUCCUCUUCAUUUCCACCAUCUUGACCAUCGUCUGCCUCGUCCUGCAACAUCGCUGGGACCGCCACCACCACAACUACCAUUUGUUGCCACAAAAUGGUAAUACCACCACCAAGUAUAAAUCAAUUAACCAGGAAGGCUUUGAUAUUCCUAGCGAGCAGGAAACUGAUAAUGAAAUGCCUCAAGAUAUACUGGGAAUGCGCCAACAAAGGCAGAGGAAAAGUCAGCUUGAAGGUGUUUGCAUGUCUUUAAUGGAGGGUGGUAGUAGUAACAAGGUGGCAUGCGGUUCUUGCGAACAAUGCAUGAAGAUGACCACUGUGGAUGUAGAGGACAUAGUCCCAGAUGCACCAAAAUCCAAAUCAUCAAAGGCAGUAGGCUCACAAUCUUCCCGGGAUUCUAUGAAUUCUGCCCCAGAGCGCGACUUCAGGGAAGAUACCUGUCUUCUCUCGGCCUCGUGUUCUCAGGCGCAACGACGGGAAUGUCUGGAGAGAGUACGCCAAUACCACAAAGAUAAUACUGCCAUAGAAGAAGUCACUUUGCAUUCUGACCCCGAGGCAGACGACGAAUAUCAGAUUACCCGCCAUGUUGUGAUGUUACUGGUGCUGUUGUUGUCAAUGCUCAUUGGUAUCUUCCUAUGUCUGUGGCGGCUUUUUGGAGAGUAUAGGGAGAAUAUAUCUUCUGGCGUGUACAUAGAGAUAGAGUUUCUGGAUAGUGUAUUUAAUUUUGGACAGCCGUUUAUUGUUUUUGCCAUAUUUGGACUAGAUACUCAACUCAUUAUUAUUCCAUUUGUCAAAAAACUAAAAUACAAACAAAGAUCUUAUAGAUGGCGCAAGCUGAUAUAUGGUGUAGAGACAAUCCACAUGCCAAGCUGGGAUGAGCUGGACCCUGAGGUGAAACACACCUGUGAACAGUUCAAUCACUAUCACAAAGAAAGAUGUAAGAAGGAGCUGGUCAAAGAUAGAAGGUUCCGAAUGCGAGUCUAUCGAAGCGUUUUCACUGGCGAAGAUCUCGUGAAAUGGCUCCUGGAGGUCGGUCUUGCUAUUGAUACCUUAGACGCGGUGGCCUACGGUCAGAAACUGGUGUUAGGGCGAGUUAUAGUCCACGUCAAGGCAGAGCACAACUUCUAUAACCUGCCGUAUUUCUACAAGUUCACUGAUCAGGUAGAGGAAGAAUGUGAAAACGAGGAUGAUAAGUCGAGGUGAAAACAGGCCUAGGGAUAGUGGUCCUGAGGGAGAUUUUUUCUCCCUCUCUCGCUCUCCAUCUCUUUCUCUUACACUUUUUCUCUCUAAAAGGCAAUGAACACUAUAGUGUGUAAGCUGCCUUGUAGGAUCCUAAACUAAGGAAAUCCAUACUUGUUUACAGUUCAUACUAAUGGAUGAUAAGACAGUGUAUGCUAUAGGGUGAGACGUGCAGUGUUUAGUGGGAAAAAAAGAGUCAGCUUCUCUCCUUUAGGGUCAGCGAUAUGCAAUACAGUACUUAUGUUUAAGAUCUUACAUGUGUGUUUUAAUUAGUUAGAUCCAUAACAUGCAUGUAUAGAAGAAAAGUCAGAUGGUGACAUGAUCUCAUCCUCAGAACAGUGACUUUUUAAAGCUCAUCUUGUAGGAUGUGCCACCUAUGGGAAAGUCUUGGUGGGUAGUAUGAGGCCUUGGGCUAUAUAAGAUGUAAGUUGUUUUUUCAUAAAUAUUGUUGUUAGUCAUGUGUCUCUAUAUCAAAUGGAAUGUGCAAUGUUGUAUAAUUAGAAGCCAUGUUAAACUGAUAUAAUAUUCCAAAGUGCACAUACGGGCCAAAAAGCAUAUUGUUCUUUUUGUCAUUAAUUUAACUGUUGUAUUUAUUAAAUAAAAGGGGACAGUUUUGUAGAUAAUAUGAUGUACUUAAUCAAGAUAAUGCUUUUAAAUUACAUAUUUGUUUUAUAUAUUCUGGUAGAAAAUAUGUAAAACUAGACAGUAAUUACUCUCAGCUUUAUAAAUGAUUAUUUUUUUUAAUUUAUUUUGUCAUGCUGUUAGUGGGCAUAUGGCCAAAUGACAUAUUGAUGUUUUUUUUUUUUUUUUUAAGAAAGAAACAAAAAACCCAUAUUAUUCAUUUCCCACCAACUAUAUUAAUGUCUUGUUUCUUGUUGAGUUGUAGAGGUAUAGGUAUGGACAUUAAAUCAUGAAAUGUAUGUACAUGCAUGGAAAUCCACAUUGUCAUUCUGGAGUAUCACAGAAGAGUAUACACCCGUAGUAGAUUGGAAACCAAUUCAUACUGUAGAAUUAUUUAAGGAUUCACCAGUACAUUGGUUGCUCAUCAUGUGUAUUCAGUUGCAGGUGAUUGAUGUAUUUGUUUUAAAUUUGUUGUGUGGAAACAUUUUUCUUUAUGUUGAAUACUUACAUUUAAUCAGAUUCAAUUUUUUGUACAAAAAUAGACAGUGCAUCUCUUUGAUAUAUUACGAAUAUUUUAUAAUCAUAUUAAAAAAGAUAUAGGAAAAGGAACAGAGACAGUUCUCAUUUAAUAUAUAAGAUCUUAACAUUUAUCUAUCAAGACUACAAUUUUUUAUUAAUUUUUGAACAUUUUAUUUACUAUCAUGAUAUCAAUUUGUUGGAAAUUGUUGCAAAAUCUUGAUACAAAAUACUCCAUGAAAAUUAAUUUCAGGUAGUUUUUGUAAUAAUUAAUCUUUACCUUCUUUAUUUCUCAAAAUGACCUGUAGUUUGGCAGAUCUGAUUUUCAGUGAGGACUAUGUGGUUAAGUCCAACUGCAAUUCAUUAAAAACACGAUCUCAGUUGAUAUUACUAUAGUUACAUUCUUUUAUAGCUAAUUUUAGUCGCAAUGUGUAUGCAUGCUAUAUUGCUAAGACGCCCGUCUGUAGGCAAUUUGGGGGGGAGGGAGGCUGGGAGGAGAACAGCUCUUUCAGCAGAAAAAAAAUGCUUUGUGUCAAAAUUUGUUCUAGGGUCUACCAGGGGUGGAUCCAUGGAUUUUCUAACAGUCUUCCAAAUUAUUUUUGUUGACCCAUCCAUUUUUGACAGUCUUCUGGCAGAUAAAAAAUUAGGUGCCUGUCAGUGUAAACUUGCCAAAUUCUGGUCGUCUUCCUGAAG